AAAGUGUUCCGUGGACAUACCGAUGAUGGACUCAGCCUUGCAUUCUCCCAUAAUGGGAAGCUCCUCGCUUCUGGUUCAAGAGAUUGCACACUCAGAGUGUGGAACGUCGAGACCGGAGAGACCGUUCUUGGUCCACUGAAAGGCCACACUGACUUGGUUGGCGCUGUUGCAUUCUCCCCAGAUGACCGACGUAUUGUCUCUGGCUCUGACGAUCGUACAAUCCGCAUCUGGGAUGUACAGACAGGCAAACAGCUGCUCGAGUUCGAAGAGGAUACAAGCUGGAUCUACUCCGUGGUGCUCUCAUCUGAUGGCAGCAGAGUCGCAUUCACCGACGCAAGCUGUGAUAUCUUGAUAUGGGAUGUGGACUCGAAGUGUCGUAUUCGCUUGUUAGAGAAACAGAACAUACUGUUUUCCGCCUUUACUUCUCCACCGAUGAUAGAUUCAUCGCAGCAACCGGCGAUGGUAACCUCAGGAUUUGGGAUGUGA